AAAACAAUGUGGAUUACUCAUCACUAUUAAUUACUGCCUGCUUUUUGCUCAGAUUGCUACUGUAGCAGAACUGGAGGAUGACGAGUCAGUAACAGACACACAGAAAAGGCGGGAGCUUCUCUCCAGGCGUCCAUCAUAUUGGAAAAUUUUGAAUGAGCUUUCCUCCAACUCACCGGCAGUUCCUAAAAUUGAAGAGGAAAAGACGGAGGAUGAAGUGCCAGUUUCCAACUCCCCCACAGUGCCAACCUCCAUCUACCAGACCAGCUCAGGACAAUACAUUGCAAUCACCCAAGGGAGAGCCAUCCAGUUGUCCAGCCCUGGAGUUCCAGGUCUACAGGGGGUCCAGAACCUGCCAGUCACAAGUAGUCCCACCCCACAGCCUGGAGCCGCUGUCUUACAGUGUGCAGCUCAGCCUGGAGAUUCUCCACAGCAGCUCUUUAUCCAGGGAGGACAGGUACUCAUCCAAGGUAGGGUGCAACUUUGA